GCAGAUAUUUGACGUUUUCCAGUUAAACGUAAAGCUAGAUGAAUUAGCCUGUGGGAGAUUAUUGUAUUACUCUUUCCACAAACACCGUCGAAGAGGACAUCUAUUAGUGCCAUUUUUGCUGAGCUUAAAUUGUUGCUCUCAGAGACUGUUGCUAAUGCUAGUUCGCUGGUCGCUAGCUACCUAGCUAGCUAAAACGCAACAUAACCAGCUGUUUGGACAAUACAUUAACAAACGUAGAUAUUUAAACAAUGUCUGGACCAAAUGGAGACCCCAACAUCUCUGUUGAUGAGGGUAUCAUCAACGACGAGGAUGAAUUCGGCGAAGAAGAGUAUGCAUCCAUCAACUCCAUGCUAGAUCAGAUCAACUCCUAUCUCGAUGACCUGGAGGACCGGAAUGACGCACUUAACGGCAAACUGCACGAGCUGAUGGAGUCCAACCGUCAAGCCCGGCAGGAGUUCAGGGCCCAGCUGCUCGGCUCUCCCACUGAAGAGGAGCCCCAACCUGCAGACAUGGACUCCUCCUCACCUGGCACGGAAGAGCUGGAUGAUGACACCGGGAACUCGCAAAUGACCGAUAAGAGCAGUUAGAUAAAGGGGAUGGAGUUCGGCAAAAUGCAGAUAGGAAAAUGUCUGAAAGUUGAGUCCUAACCUAUGUCUGUUAGUCUGACAUCUGACUAGUGACGCUUGAUCCUCAUAGACCAUGCCUGUGUGAGUCUUCUGUAAAAUUGCACCCUCAUCAGCAGACGUGUGUACGACAGUGAUAUUUUCCAUAUCCUGUCACUGAACUCAAUCUAGUUUUUCUCCUUUUUUGAACUGUGGUGUGCUGAUGUUUGGUUCCUGAGGAGAUUGAAGUUUAUUGACCUCUAGCAGCUCAUCAAACAAACAAGUUGCACUGUUGCCAACUUGCUUUGUAGUGUUGCUAUUUAAAAGGCUCUAUCCCCCUCUGCAGCUUUUGUUGAGGUCCAAGUGGGACAUCAUGAUGACAUUCCCAAAGCAAGGAACACACCAGUAGAUUUUUAAGAAGGUAAUUAAAGAGACUUGACAUCAGUUAUGUGUGAUAUUAAUGAGGGGAGGUAAGAGAUUUAAAUGCAUAACCCUGCACAAGCUUGAUUCUGUCCUCAUGGUUAAACUGGAGUUACAGUCAAACAUCAGAGUAACAUUAUGGUGUUUCUGGCAUCACCCAGAAUCUAUUUAAUGUUGGCAUCAGCUUUUAUAACAACUGCAGUCUCUGUAAUUACUGUAUGUGUCCCAAAAAGUGAAUAUGCAACAUUCCAGAUGUCAAAAAGUAUUAAAAAAAAAAAACUAUUGCAGUGCAUCUGCAGCAUGAUGAAAUGUGUGCAGUUUAUUUUCAUCAUCAUGUUCAGGAUUAAACUGCUGUAUGGAAAGUGUUUAUGUAAAGUGCAAACCAAAAAAAAAAAAAAAGUUGACGCUUCACAACCACAAGCUUGGGAAUUGUCAGACAUUUUAAUAUAAAUUAAAAUGACCCCCGAACAGAAAACAAAAACAUCCAAAAAUACAUUAAACUUCCAGCAGUUAGAAAACAUCACUUGUUUUUGAUCUCAAAUUGUCAGUAGCUGAAUAAAAAUACAAUAAGAAACA